AUGGCGGUGGGUAAAACCAGUGUCGUCGUAACACCCAAGAUUGUACCACUUACAGAGUCAGAGGACUCCAAAUCGGUGAUCCUUGAACCAUAUCACGUGGACUUGCUCCCAGGAUAUGGCUAUGUCAGCAGGGAGUUCUUGAUCAGCGGCGUUGCAUAUGGGGAGCCAUAUUGUACUCGUUUGCUGCUUCGCUGCCCCGAAGAUGCUUCUCGCUUCACCGGCUUCGUUGUCGUGGAGCCAUCUCAUCUCUGGGGCGGAACGAGCAUCUGGCGACACACGAGUCGCUGGCUAAUGCGAAAUGGUCAUGCAUGGCUCGAGGUAGACUCGCAAGCGACCUCGGCCAUUGGAAAGAUCAAAAACGCGGAUCCUGAGCGGUACAAGGACAUUCGCUUCAUCCCAGGCCCGACCUCGGCGGAAUUCGCAGCCAACAUCCCAUUCGUCACCAACAUAACCAAGGAGGCUCUCUCCGAAGCGUACACCAACUUCAAGGCAAAAUGGUGGCCGGCGACCCUGCAGUCUCCCGAGAUCCUGGCCGCCGCCUCGCACGCGCUCCGCUCCGGCGACCUUGGCCUCAUCGCCACGCGCGUCGUCCUCAGCGGCCUCUCCCAAACCGGCGGCGUCACCCGCCGCUUCAUCACGCACUCGUCACACCUGCGACUCCCGGACGGGUCGCUGCCGUUCGAGGGCCACAUUCCGUGCCAGUCCGGCGGGGAGGCGCUGCCGGACGUGCCCGGGGCGAAGACGAUCGAGCUGCUGGGCGAGGCCGAGUUCCAGGGCGUCAGGCUGCCGUGCGGCGUGGGCGGGCAGGUGCUCGGCACGGCGCACCGGAGGCCGGACAGCGAGUCGUUCCGGCUGUACGAGGUGGCGUGCAUGGCGCAUCGGGAGUCGCGGUGGGCGUCGAAGGCGGAGCGGGAGCGGUGGUCGGUGGCGGAUCCGGGCGGUGCGGAAUGGAGCACGUUUGCGAAUUCGUUCAUCUACCACGCCGUUUUCGAGGCGAUGGAGAAGUGGACGCGCAAAGUCAGCAUCCCGCCGUCGCCGGGCUUGAUCAUUGAAACGGUCGGAAGUACGGACGAUAUUGUGCGGGAUGAGCAUGGCAAUGCGAGGGGAGGCGUGCGGACGGUGCAUAGCGAUGCACCGCUGGCCAGGUUCGUGGCCGCGACACCAAAGGGUCGACCGAGUUGGUACUGGGGGUCUCAAUGGACAUUCCAAGCUGAAGAGCUGCGGUCGCUCUAUGGUACAGUGGGAGGCUACCGAUAUGCUGCUGGACGAGCGCUUCAGCGUCAGAUACAGCAAGGCUUUUUGCUGCCUGCGGAUGCAGAAGUUUUACGCCGCGAAACGAUUGAAGAGGUGCAUUUCUAG